CAGAACCCGGAAAGUUCUGAAAAUUCCGCUCUUCCCACAUUCAUAGCAACAUACCUGCGUUACUGUUUAGCAGCUUCAUCAGCUGUGCAAUUUUUUCAGUUAGCUCCUCCAUAUAACGCUGCUUGCGCUUUGAAAUGGAUGCAGAGAAUCAUUUCGGUCUGUCCGCGGAGCAAGGUGCUCCACGUGACAGUUUCCUGGAAGUGGCGCGCAACAUGACCGCCGAGAUUGAAGGUCUAUCGAUGAAAAUUUCGGAAUGGCGAAAAGAAAUCGUUCAGCAUGAUGCAGAAAUGGCUGCGUUGGCCGAGACAACUGGGGAAAAGCGGAAGGAAAAGGAAUUCGCUGUCGUGACCUUGGAGGCGAAGAAAGCGCGAACGGUUGUGCAGCAAAGAGAGCGCGAAAAAACUGUCCAGAAGAAACAGAAUACCGUGGAGGCACUGGAAAAGCUGGAGAAUUCGUAUCUGGAGACGCAGAACAUGCUAAAAAGUCGCAGUCGGGAUGGCAAGAAGGAGUUGAUUCGGUUGCAGCAGUGCUUUCAGGACAUCUCUCGCCAUUUUGUUCAAGAGCUCGAUGAACGAUUUCAAAAAAUGAAGGCGGAUAUUGCCGAACAGGCUGUGCCGGCAAACGCUGGACCUCCAGGAAAUUAACUGCAAAUAUGUAGUUGGCGAUUUUCCCUCGUGUUUUGUUUGCGAAGCCCUUUUGCCCCGAUUACGAUAAAUUUCAUAUUCGCCACAGGGACAUUAUAAGUGUUUUGUUUCUGGAUUUCUUGUUCGACCGAUAGUGUUUGUGACGUUCUUUAGUCUGUUUUGUCUUAUGAUCAUGUGUAAAGUAAACCAGGUAACAACUUUCCAUGUGCUUUCUCGGUGGAGAAGAAGA